AGAUAGUCAAGGGUCUGUCCCACGUGUUAGCCAAGUACGACGUGGUGCUCGUCGACCAGUAUGGGGUGCUUCACAAUGGCACACAACCGAUGAUCGGAGCUGUCGACUGCUUCAACCGCAUGGUCGAAGCAGGGAAGCGAGUGGUGCUCGUGUCCAACACUGCCAAUCGAUCUUCUAGACUGCCGACCAAGCUCGGGGCCAUGGGGUUCUCGACUGAUUUCCAGGGCGUCACCGGCGGCGAUGUGUGUCACGAAUACGUCAAGGAGCGACGCACCACACAUUCGCGUUGCUCCGUCAUGGCUCACGAUCUGGCCAACAUGAUCUCGAAGGCGAACGUCGACUCGAUUUUCAACGGCCUGGAUGUGGAGAUUGUGGGACUUGACCAAGCUCAGUUUCUCAUGGUGGAAGGCGUGCGACAGGUUUGCUACAGUGAUCGCGUGGCUGAGGCCUUGGCUACAGACUAUCGCCAUACCAACACACCCAACGAUGCUAUCAACGAGUUUCUUAGAGGCGGCCUAGAACGCAAACUGCCACUGCUGUGUCCGAACGCAGAUGCCGUAGGUGUUGUGGAGAACGACCGCUUCGUGUACAUGGGCGGCGGCAUCGCCAAACUGUACGAAGAAAUGGGUGGCGAGGUGGUUUGCUUUGGGAAACCAGCGAAGGAGCACUUCGAAGCGUGCUUAAGACUGGCACAUGUGACCGACAAGGCGAAGGUUGUGCACAUUGGCGACUCGCUCCACCACGACAUCCAAGGAGCAAAAAAUGUCGGGAUCGACAGUGUUUUAAUCGCGGGAGGUGUCCAUGCCAAACAGCUCGAAGUAGACGCUUGGAGUAAUGCUGAGGAGGAUCUACACAUCAACGCAGAAGUGCUGGACAGACUUCUAGGCAAUACACAGCUAGACCCGACAUACACUGCAACUCGCUUCCAGUGGUGA